GCCAUACCGUUUUGCAGUGAUUUUUCUGGACUUCCUCUCUCUACCCUGAAAAAAGCGCCGUCUUUUCUUGGCUGCGAUGAAAACAAAGGAAAAUAACCCAGGAUUCUCCGCCGCUAACGGGUUACUGGCUGACAUUUGGUCCGUCCUUCCCUGUCGGGCAGCACCGCGUCCCGCUAAACCGCCGCCUGUGUCACACGCAAGCGCGAAAAUCUGACGUGACGCUCGUGCCACAGUCCCAUUCAGCCGCUCGUCGGGACCCUCCCUUCAGACAGUCGUGCGUAUGAGCUGGUAGCGAGACAACUGCCUCCCUCCCUCCUCCGACCCCUCCCCCGGAGCUGUGGUUUAACACCAGCCGGCAGGUUAACGGAAGGAAAUCAAUAGGCAAAGCGACCUGGAUUGAUUUCCUGCGGCAAUGCGAAGAUGGCGAGAGUCCUUAACAACUUGCUGUUAUUUCUGAUCAGACUUGCGCUGAAAAUCAGAGUUUGGGGAUACUGGACGCUGAUCUACGGUUAUUGUGCUCUCUGCACCACCGCAGCCCUGCUGAAACUUUGCUGGAACAUCGUGCUGAGACCGACAACAACCUUCCAAUGGGGGAUACGUGAAACUCCCCCUGCGUGUCUGAAUGACACGUCCUUGGGAACUCAUUGUUAUGUUAGGAUCAAGGAGUCUGGCCUGCGGUUCCACUACGUUGCUGCUGGGGAGAGAGGAAAGCCCCUCAUGCUGUUUUUGCACGGCUUCCCCGAGUUCUGGUUCUCCUGGCGCUACCAGCUGCGUGAGUUCAAGAGCGAGUUCCGUGUGGUGGCUGUGGACAUGCGCGGCUACGGCGAAUCCGACCUGCCGCUCUCCACGGAGAACUACCAGCUGGACCACCUGGUCACUGACGUGAAAGAUAUCGUGGAGUACCUGGGGUACAACAGAUGUUGCCUUGUGGGCCACGACUGGGGUGGAUCCAUAGCGUGGCUGUUUGCCAUACACUACCCUGAGAUGGUGACCAAGCUGAUAGUCCUGAACUGCCCCCAUCCUUCUGUGUUCACAGACUAUGCUCUGCGUCACCCCAGCCAGCUGCUGAAAUCCAGCCAUUUCUUUUUCUUCCAGCUGCCCCGCUUCCCAGAGCUCAUGCUCUCCAUCAACGACUUCAAGGCCCUCAAAGCCUUGUUCACCAGUCGGAACACCGGGAUCGGGAGAAAGGGCCGAUGGCUCACUGCAGAGGACUUGGAAGCCUACUUGUAUGCACUCUCACAGCCGGGAGCUCUGACAGGAGCUCUCAACUAUUACAGGAAUGUCUUCAGCUCGCUCCCUCUGAGCCACAAGCACGUCAGGUCUCCGGUGCUGCUGCUGUGGGGAGAGCGGGACGCAUUCCUGGAGCAGGAGAUGGCCGAGGCGUGCCGCCUCUACAUCAGGAAUCACUUCCGUCUCAAUAUCAUAUCCGGGGCCAGCCACUGGCUGCAGCAGGACCAGCCCGACAUUGUCAACACCCUCAUAUGGACCUUCCUGAAGGAGGGAGAGGGACGCAAAAGCUACAGGAACUAAACCCGCACCGCACCGCCCCACCCCCCAACACCCACCUUGCACCGUCCCCACUCUCCCGGAAGCCUUGAAUAUGCCUGUGAUACCAAGCAACAUAGUGAUGAUGCAAUCAUUCUUUACAUUUUUUCACAUUUUAAAUAUAUUUUUUAAAAAAAAGAAGUCAGCGAAGAAGAAGGAGAGAAUCAAAGCACACCUGUCACUCAAGAGGAGAGGACACAUGUUUUAAGAUACUUUUUGCACAUGACAGCGACGUAUCCGCCUUAAAAGUUUUGUCGCUUUCAGCAUUACAAAUGUGUGGCGAAAUCUUUUUAUUUAUUUAUUUGUUUUUCUUUGUGACCUGUAUUGUGUGUUGCCUUUUAACUUUGGGACGUCCCGGGGCGUCGCGGCGUGUCGUUGUCCACUGUUCUCGUGUCGCUCAGCUGUAUUUCGGGCACAGUUCUCUGGGGGUCCCCCGCCUCCCAGGGCUCUUUGUUUAUCAGGUAGUGUUUGUCAAAAUGGAGGUUUCUUUUUUUAGUAUUUUAUUCUUUUUUUUUUCUCCCUCGGAGAUCUGCUCAAAUAUAGAGAAUGUUAACUUGAUCUUCCUGUAGAGAAAUGUUAAGUGACGGUUGCCUAUUGUAUUAUUUUGUAUCUCUUCCUACACACUGCAUUUUGAAACUCACUGAGCCAGGUCGAUACCGUUUGAUUUUCUAAAUAAACUGAAUAAGUGUCUGUCA